AUGGCACACGUCGACAAGUUCGAUCAUUUGUUGAACUUUCGUGAUGUUGGUGCAUUCGUCAAUGAACUGACAGGCUCAAAAAAGCUCAAGCCUGGACUACUAUUCCGAAGUGCUAGACCAGACGAGGCUUCAGCUGAAGAUCGCAGGCGAUUGAAGGACGACUAUCAGAUCCACACUGUCAUUGACCUACGCACAAAGUCUGAGCAUAUUGUUCAAGCUCACAAGCGCUCCGUGCCUGUGCCCUCUGCUGAACCUGUUGCUCCCUCCAACAAUCAAGCCGCUGAACCAGUCAAAAUCCCUGGACUGACCUAUGCCGAAAUCAACUUUAACGGCUCUUCGUACUCGUUCGCGCUUAUUCGUCAGUUACGGUACUGGUCCACUACCAAACUCAUCGCUCUCAUGGCUGCGGGUUACCGAACUCAAGCCAUUAGCAUCUUGGGCAAAGAGGUCAUGUCUGAGCGUGGGCUCGUCGGCCUAGCCUUUGACUCACUGACUCACUGCACUAGCGAAGUUCUCGCAGUUUUUCGUGUUUUGGCAGACCGAAAUAACUAUCCCGUUGUAGUCCAUUGCACACAAGGCAAGGACCGCACUGGCCUGAGCAUUUUGCUUGUCCUUCUGUUGCUCCAUGUGGAUACGGCAGCCAUUAACGCCGACUACAUGCGAACUCAAAAAGAACUUGUCUCCGAGCGCGAGGCGAGGAUUGUGGAGAUAAGAAGCAUUGGUAUGCCUGACUCCUUUGCCGACUGUGAUCCCCAAUGGGUGGAAAGCGUGGUUGCUCACAUCAGCGAAAAAUAUGGCUCCAUCGAGGAGUAUUUACUGCAUUGUGGCGUCACAAAAGAGAUGCAAGACGAUGUCAGACGGAUCCUAUUGGAAUAG